CUGCGUAUCUCCCGGAAGUGAGGAUGCGGUGGUAGCAGCGGCAGUAAUAGCAACAAGCAGCUGCUGCUGCUACCGUCGCUGCAUUCUCUGUGAGGGCUUCUUUUCUCCUACCCUCCCUCGGCCUUUUUUUCCUUCUUACUUUCCUGCUAUACGGGAACCGAGAAGGGCCGCGCCUUAGCUUGGGAAGGUGGGCCAAGUGGAAUUCUCUCUUUCGCUUCCCAAUUGUCGGGUGGCUGAGGAGGCUUGCGACGGAGAGAAAUGCGGCUCCGCCGCCAACAGUUCUGCCCGGACGCGACGCUUCCGCCACAGCCCCCUCCUCCGUCCCCCUCUCUUCCCCUCACGCCAUCACUGGGGGCCACGGACUAGCGGCGCCCCCUCUUCCAGCACCGUCAGUAUGAGACCAGCCGAGACCCCCCGCCAGCGCCGAACUCUGAACAUAUCAUACGGAAAGCGGGAUUCAACCAAGAUGAAGGAGGUGUGAAAACUGGAGGGAGACAUAUCAAUAUUUUAAGGAAGAAUACUGACAAUUGUAUUGCUGCCUUCAUACUGUAAAAAAUUGCAAUAAAGUGGGGAUGUCAAGAGUCUCCACUCCUCCACCACCUGGAGAGAUGUCCAGUGGUCCUAUAGCUGAAAGCUGGUGUUACACACAGGUUAAAGUUGUAAAAUUUUCUUAUAUGUGGACCAUUAAUAACUUCAGUUUCUGCCGAGAAGAAAUGGGUGAAGUUUUAAAGAGUUCUACUUUUUCAUCAGGUCCAAAUGACAAAAUGAAAUGGUGCCUGAGAGUAAACCCAAAAGGAUUGGAUGAUGAAAGCAAAGAUUACCUUUCAUUAUAUUUACUUCUAGUUAGUUGUCCAAAAAGUGAAGUGAGAGCAAAAUUUAAAUUUUCUCUUUUAAAUGCAAAAAGAGAAGAAACAAAAGCAAUGGAAAGCCAAAGAGCAUAUCGAUUUGUUCAAGGCAAAGAUUGGGGUUUUAAAAAAUUCAUUCGAAGAGACUUUUUACUUGAUGAAGCUAAUGGUCUUUUACCAGAUGAUAAGCUUACGUUAUUUUGUGAGGUGAGCGUAGUUCAAGACUCAGUGAAUAUAUCGGGACAGUCCAGUACAAACACACUAAAGGUACCAGAAUGCCGCCUAGCAGAAGAUUUAGGGAAUCUCUGGGAAACAACACGAUUUACAGAUUGCAGUUUUUAUGUAGGAGGACAAGAGUUCAAAGCUCAUAAAUCUGUUCUUGCAGCUCGUUCACCCGUUUUUAAUGCAAUGUUUGAACACGAAAUGGAGGAGAGCAAAAAGAAUCGUGUAGAAAUAAAUGAUGUAGACCCUGAAGUUUUUAAAGAGAUGAUGAGAUUCAUUUAUACAGGGAAAGCGUCAAACCUUGACAAAAUGGCUGACAGUUUGUUGGCAGCAGCAGACAAAUAUGCACUCGAAAGACUAAAGAUCAUGUGUGAAGAAGCUCUGUGUAGUAACCUCUCAGUAGAAAAUGUUGCAGACAUUCUCAUCCUUGCAGAUUUGCACAGCGCAGAACAGUUGAAAGCACAAGCAAUAGACUUUAUUAACAGGUGCAGUGUUCUUAGGCAACUUGGUUGUAAAGACGGGAAAAACUGGAACAGCAACCAAGCGACAGACAUCAUGGAAACGGCAGGCUGGAAGUCAAUGAUCCACUCCCAUCCCCACUUAGUAGCUGAGGCCUUUAGAGCACUAGCAUCUGCACAGUGUCCACAGUUUGGCAUUCCACGCAAACGACUAAAACAGUCAUGAAAUCUUCCAUGAACUAUAGAGAAUUAAUGAUUCCUCAUCCAUGUCCAGAAGAGUUCUCACAAACCAUCUCCCAGAAUUUGCUACCCUUGUCCACAGAACAGAACCUGAAAGCUUUUAAGAAUGGAUAAUAUGGUUUAAUAAUCAGCUUUAAAUUAGACUGAUAACUCUCCAGUUCACUGAAAGGCCUUAACGUCAAUUACUCUAGUUCAUUUGUGGUUUUCUUUUUUUGCUUUUUAAAUUGUGCCUCGUCUUUUUGACCCGGCUAUGUAGGAUUGCACUAGCUCCAUAAUGCAGUAAUGCUGAUAAAUGAAGACUGUUCCUGAAAAGGAUCUUCCUAUUUUUGUUUUUGUUCUUAACCCCAAAAUGAAGAGUAUCAUCUGGUCUUGUAGUAACUGGAAGGUUUCAACUAGCUUCUCAUUAAAAGUGCUUGAAUUGAGGGACCCAGCAGGCACUCCAGUCCAAGUACUGUAUUUAGGGUGCAUCUGCCUACCUUCAGAGGGUGCUGUCAGGCAUGCUGUGGCAAUAUACUACUCUGAAUAUAAUUUAUUUUUCAUUGGUUCAGGUGAGUGAGGGAAAUAUGCAAUGUCUUGGCCCAGAAAUGUAUUUUACUCUGUGUGUGUCUUCAUCAGAUGUUAAAAGAAACACACAAUAACCCUUUUGACCUGUGUUCCUUUAUGAUUCAUUGCUAUUUUACAUUUAUAUUGUACUGAACCAGAGUGAAAGCUAGUAUGGAGAGAGAGUAAGUGAUAUGUGCUGGGGAAGAAGUGGUUAUUUCUCACAGGGGAUACAUGGAAGAUCAAGGUUCAUAAGGAUGACCAAAUGUAAAUUUCAGAAAUGGGCCAAAUUAUGGAUUCUCAGUAUGCACUUUUAAUGUGUAACUUUUGUAUGUUGUGUGGUACAUAUAUAUUUUGGUUUUGAUAAAUAUGGUACAGCAAUUGUGGCCUAACUUUUGAAAUACAUUAAGAUGCCCAUAGCCACAUGGGAUUUAGUUUUGUUACUGCAAACAAGGAAAGCAUGACUUUAGAGAUGUUGAUUCAAAGUGAAUAUCUCAAGUGUUCAUGUUAGAAUCCAUUCUAUUUUCACAUUUUGGACAGGCUUAACUAUGUUCCCUUAGUGUGUGUACGCACAAGCUUGUUCACACUAGUGGAAGUUGCACAGACACACACUUAGCAGGAAGAAAAGGAGUCUGAAACGUCAGUAUUUGUAAGCACUGACUUGCUGUUUUUAGCAUUUGUUAUUGUAUUAGCAUUGUGGAUGGUAUUGAAAUUCUGCAUAAUGUGAAACGGAUAUAACAACCUGUAAACUGCUUGUAAUGGGCCAGUUUUUUAAUGCAAACCUUUGCUUUAAUGCCACCACUUCCAGUGUUUUUGCUAGCUUUGUUUACAAUUGGGAGGAUUUGUCUGCAGCAACACACAUUGUAAAUGCUUCUUGACUGAUUUGACAUUGAAUUUUACUUUAAAUCUGGUGAUGUGCUAGAUCUGUUGUGUGGUAAAAGUUGCAUUUAACCAUAAGAAAAGGGAAUUCCUCUGAAUUUUUAACUAAAGAUUGUAGUUGGCCCAUUUGAUUUACAUGCUUGCUCCAUUAAGGUUUGUUUACCGUUUCAAAAGAUGCCUCCUUUGUUUUCAGCAAAGAAACAUUGACAUGGUUAAAGAUCUUGAGCAUGUUUUUUUCUGAAUUCUUAAUCUGAGUAAUGAUUUCUUAAAGUGGGCAAGAGGGAGUGUUCCUAAUCCAGCAUAGUGCUAACAUGUGCCCAGUUUCUCACUAAACUCACUCUUUGGGGUGAGUUGAAUGCAGUAUUUGAAUUAGCAACUUUGACACAGUUAAAGGCCUUUUUAGUUGCACUCCUGGUGGUUUCAGUAGGCAUAAAUAUUACUCAUUGAACGAAACUGGUACAGAGAUGUUGUAUCUGGAGAUGCAUUAUAGCUUGUAAAAUUUAUUGGCAGUUUCUCUUUAUCUCAAUUAAGGCCUUGUAGGUGUUUUUAUCAGGUAAGUUGUGUCUCUCCAUAACAGAGAAACUUCUGCUGCAGUAUAACAAAUCAUAAUGAACAGCCUCGCAACAUGAAAGUUGCUAUUAUAAUAUACAAAGUGACUUGACUAUUAAAUACUGUAAUUGUCCAUUUCAGCUUAUUCUGGUACUACUAGAUACAGCAAUCAAAUGGAAGACUUCUUAAGUCUUUUGUUUAAGUUUAUAAAAAGCUUAAUAGCACACUUUGUACCAAAAAAUAUCAAACUGCUGUAAGAAUAUCUACAUCUCUAUUAAAAGUCCACUUGUCAAAUUAACAAAAUGUAUACCAUGCAUUACACUUAACAGCCAAUCAUGACAAUUGAACUAUAUUGUUCUUUGUGUUGGCUAUAAAAAAGACACAAAAAAGGGUAAAAUAAAUAUUCAGUCAGUGCACUAAUC